AUGAGCAGUGCUGAAUACCUGUCGAACUUGCGGGGAAGCCUCCACCGGCGGGAUCAUCUUGCCUUCUCCUCCUCCGACCGCGAAGGAAGAAGUGACGUCCCUGCCAGGGAUUCUUGAGUUGCAAUUCCUGCACUGCAGGGGGUAGGACUAGAUGACCCUUUGGUUCUAUAAAUAACCCAAGGAUUAAAGCUUUCUGGGAGAUGAUUUAUAAUGAAAUAAAAAAGGUAUUUAAAUAUACCUUUCUGAAGAAACCAGAGGCCUUUCUUCUGGGCAUUGUCGGCCAAUUGGUGCCAAAGAAGGACAGAACCUUUUUUAUGUAUGCUACAACAGCAGCAAGAAUACUCAUUGCAAAGUAUUGGAAGACACAAGAUCUACCCACUCUGGAAGAAUGGCAGAUGAAGGUGAUUGACUACAUGGAACUGGCGGAAAUGACUGGCAGAAUCCGAGACCAGGGAGAAGAGUCGGUGAAAGAAGACUGGAAGAAAUUUAAAGACUAUUUACAGAAAUAUUGUAAAAUUAAGGAAUCUUAGAAGGAUGUUGGAUAGAAACUAAGAGCUUUUUAGCUGUAAUGCUUUAAGAGAUAUGAAAAAAGGCUUACAAUUGGGCAAAAGUUUAAUGGUAAGGAUUUGCUGAACUAACAAACUGAACUGGAAUACAAAAAAGGGAGGUAUGAGGAGGUCCGGGGAAAUAAGUUUAGAGAAGAUAGGUUUGGAAAAUUAAUGUCUUUUUAACUGUUUUAUUUUGUAUGUUUCUUUUUUAUCCUUUAAUUUUUUUGUUAUAUUUUUAAAAAUUUUACUCUUUUUUCUGUAUUUUGUAUUUCUUCUAUUUUUUGUAACUUUAAUAAAUAUCAUUUAAAAAAUAAUAAUAGAUGACCCUUUGGUACUAUGACCCUAUGAUGCUCUUAUUCCCUGGGGUCUGCCCUUUCCUAGGAGCCCCCUGGGGAAGGGGACCCUCCACCGUCCUGGGGAAGAUCCAAAUCGUGGGAGAGAGGAGACCCAGCUGCCCUGGGAGGCAACCCUCUUGCUGCUGCUGCCACCGCUGCUGACCCACCUUCAGGUCCCAAACAUUUUUCCAGGGUAGAUCCUGAGCCCUGGAUCACAGGAGGCAUUGAAAAGAACUUUUGAGCAGCCUUUUUGCCAGGCCUGGGUGCCCGCCCUGCACCCUGCCAGCUCCCAGGAGCUCUGGGAGCAGCCCCCCCCCGACCUCCAGGCACCUGCUACUCAGCCCCACCCACUGCCCAGCAGCAGCCAAUCGCUGCCUCUCUCGGCCAGCCCUCCCCGCCCCUCCCUCCUUCUCCCAGGUAUGAGAACUCAGGGCUGCCCGCAGGAGCACCCAGCCUAAGCAGCCCUGAGAGGAGAGCAGAGCCCAGGAGCUGGACAGGUAAGGGGCACCUCUAGGGAGGGGGCGCCAGGGAUCCAACUCAGAGCCAGGGCUGCACCCCAGCUCCAGAGGUGCCCCCACCCUGGGCAGCACAGAGGGGCAAGGAGGGUCAAAGCUCCAGGGAGGGCAUUUGCCUGGUUUCCUCAGGAAGGAGACCAGGAACGAGGGCACCUUCCCUCCUGCCAAGCCCGCGAUGCCCCACAUGGCACGGGAGUUUGUGGUUUUCUGUCCCAGAGGGGGCUCAUUCCUGAGAUGCAAGCAGACGGGUUUUCUCUAAUAUGCUAGUGCUGCCCUGUUAACACUGGGAUUUGCAGGCCCUCCCAAAACCCAGCUGGGCCUCCCCCUCCCACCUUUGUCCUCCCUCUGCUGUCACCCCGUUUCUCUCCCCCCGCUGCUGCUCUGACCCGGGAGGCAUCUGAGGGGGACAUGGUCUGGGGAUCCCACUUGCUUCGGAGUCACGCUUUCUGGUUCAAAGACUUCCAGCUAUUACUCAGGGCUUAGAAAAAUGCACUCUGCACGUGCUGGGGGGGGGGACACCCCUUCCUGGAUAUAUUUGUUAUUUCUAUAGCACUUCAGAGUUCCGCAAAAAGCGAAGAGCCAGGCAGGCCCUCCAAAAAUAUCUCGUGGCCCGUUGCAAAGUGGCGACCCUGCCGUCAGAGCGGAUUCUUGGCAGCCGCUCUACGAGGCUGGAAGAGGGAGAGGCGAGGCAUUGCGUGGCCGGGGGGUGAGCUAGAUGGCCCUUGGGGUCCCUUCCGACUCUAUGAUUCCCUGAGCCCCUCCAGGCCUCCUCUUCCCAUUACGACCCUCCCCAAGAACUCCGUUUCACCCGCUAUCAAAGUAAAGCAAGAAAACAAGGGAGAUGUUGCAAUAUCUGAAUUCAGAUAAGUUGUCUAAAAGAUGAAAACAAAACCCUCGUUCUGCGCUUUACAGCAGAUUGAAGUCCACAGACUUUUGCCCCGGGAGAUUCCGGCCGCAGCGGCUCAGCUCUGAUCAGGCGGCGCUGCCAGGCAGUUCACAUUCAGCAAAGCGGGAGAGGAGGUCUUGCAAAGCCUUGCGCUCGGUUCCGUCGGGUGGGUUGUGGUUGCUAAAAGGGGCGGCCCCAAAGCUGAGCUUCCCUGUCGAGCAAAGCGCCUGUCCGAACUGCUCAGCUCUGCUUCGCGGUGCCACCAGUGGGAGAAUUUCUCCCACCGCAAGUAGCGGGGGUGGGGCUGAUCCAGACUUGGGAUGGCAGCAUGCAAGGCAGGGAAGGGUUAAAGACUCUCUAGCCCUCCCUUUGUGGGCGCUGCUUCCCCCCCCCCCCGCCAAAAAAACCCCCCAUUCGUACGAUAGCUACUUGUAGGGAGGUUUCCAUGUCCAAACUGGAUCGGAGACUUCACCCUUAAUUAAAACCAGAGUUUUCUGCUGGCUCAUGAGGACUUCGCGUGGGACAGGGCCCUGCCUUCCACGCGGAAAGAAGAUCCCGGGUUCACUCGGCAAGGGCAUCUCCAACUUGGGAUGAGCAAGACCCUUCCUUGAUGCGGGGCAGGUUUUAAUAGGUAGGAGACGAUAUACAAAUUCGAUUUAUCCCUCCAGGCACCCACAUUUGUGGGCUGAGUAGCGUUAAACACCCCCCCCCCCCUUAGCAGCAGAAUUGAAGAAGGUUGUGGAGCCGUCUAUUUAGCCGGCGAGGAUGCGAGCUGGCUCUCCCUUUUCCUGUACCCGACUCUACCAAUUACAUUUUCUGUGGUCUGAGUCUUUGCUAAGUAGCAAGAACAUCCUUGCUGGACUGCCAUCUCCCACACUUGAGACCCCGAGAGCUGCGGCUGCCACUCAGUGUAGCCAAGACUAAGAAGAAGAAGAGUUUGGAUUUGAUAUCCCGCCUUUCACUCCCCUUAAGGAGUCUCAAAGCGGCUCACAUUCUCCUUUCCCUUCCUCCCCCACAACAAGCACUCUGUGGGGUGAGUGGGGCUGAGAGACUUCAGAGAAGUGUGACUGGCCCAAGGUCACCCAGCAGCUGCAGGUGGAGGAGCGGGGAAGCGAACCCGAUUCCCCAGAUUACGAGGCUACCGCUCUGAACCUCUACACCACACUCCGGGGUCAGACUCUGGAGAAAGACUGGGGCCCCGGAUCCUGCCCCGACCCCCCUUUCUGACGCCUCCCUCUUUCUCCCGCAGGGCGAGAUGUGGUCCUCUGCUUUGGCCGUCUUCGGCCUCCUGGCCGCGGCCGCCUCCGGCCAACCCCCGCAGCGCCACGAGGGGGUCUCCAUCUUCUCCGACUUGACUCCGGCGGAGCUGCGGGCCGUCCGCGACUUUCUGCUGAGCCGGCCCGAGCUGGGCCUCCAGGCGGAUCCAGAACCCUCCCUGGCCAAGAACAGCCUGUUCCUGGUGGAGCUCUUGACCCCGAAGAAAGGGCGCGCCUUGCAGUACCUGGAGUCCGGGGAGCGCCGCCCCCGACGCCGGGCCAGAGCCGUGGUCUUCUUCGGGGCCGAGGCGCAGCCCAAUGUCACCGAGUACGUGGUGUGGCCCCUGCCCACGCCCACCUCCUACCGGCCCUGGGGGAAGGCGGCGCGCUUCGCGGCGCGGCCGAUGUCGCAGCUGGAGUUCGGGCUGCUCUCGCAGCGGCUGGCGGAGAGCUUGGCUCCGCUGCAGCAGUUCCUGCUGGACGCCUCGGGCUUCGGCUUCGGGAACUGCGGCGACCGGUGCCUGACCCUGACGGAGGUGGCCCCGCGGGGCCUGGCCUCGGGCGAGCGCCGCACCUGGCUGAUGCUCCAGCGCUUCGUGGAGGGCUUCUUCCUGCACCCGGUGGGGCUGGAGGUCCUGCUCGACCACCGGGAGCUGGACCCGAGCCUCUGGCAGGUGCAGAAGCUGUGGUACAACGGGCGCUACUUCAGCAGCGCCGAGGAGCUGGCCCAGCUCCACGCCUCGGGCGCCGUGCCCGUCGUGCCUCUGCCGCCGCACCCGGACGAGAGCCUCUUCUCCACCUUCGUGCCGCGGGGGCGCUUCUCGGCGGGGCCCCCGACGGACGCGCACGGCGCCAAGGUGUGCGAGCCGCAGGGCCGCCGCUACUGGGUGGAAGGCAACCUGGUGGAGUACAGCGGCUGGAGCCUGGCCUUCCGCCUGCGCACGUCCACGGGGCUGCAGCUCUUCGACGUGCGCUUCAACGGGGAGCGCGUGGCCUACGAGGUGAGCGUGCAGGAAGCCAUCGCCAUCUACGGGGGGAACACGCCGGCCGCCAUGCAGACCAAGUACAUCGACGUGGGCUGGGGCAUGGGCUCCGUGACGCACGAGCUGGCGCCCGGCGUCGACUGCCCCGAGGGGGCCACCUUCCUGGACGCCCACCACCUGUACGACGCCCCGGGCCCCGUGCGCUUCCCGCGCGCCCUCUGCGUCUUCGAGCUGCCCACGGGGGUCCCUCUGCGCCGCCACUUCGACAGCGACUUCCGCGGCGGCUCCCACUUCUACGCGGGCCUCGAGGGCGCCGCGCUGGUCCUGCGCACCACCUCCACCGUCUACAACUACGACUACAUCUGGGACUUCCUGCUCUACCCCAACGGGGUGCUGGAGACCAAGGUGCACGCCACGGGCUACGUGCACGCCUCCUUCUACACGCCCGAGGGGCUCCGCUACGGGAACCGCCUGCACGAACACCUGCUGGGCAACAUCCACACGCACCUGGUGCACUACAAGGUCGACCUGGACGUCGCAGGUGGGGCCCUCGCUCGCUCGCUCGCGGGAAGGGGCGCGGGGGCAGUCGGGGAGGCCCUAAGCCCAGUCCAUCCUCAGUCUCCCCCCUUCCCCUUUCCAGUUACGGAACCGGCCGAGCUCCGAGGAAUUGCCCCUGUUUGCAGCUGUGGCUGCUUUUAUAGCAUCGUAGAGGCGAAAGGGACCCCAGGGUCAUGUAGUCCGACCCCCUGCAAUGCAGGAAUCACAGAACCCUCCGCAGGUAGUCUCCCACGAAGGAGAGCCCGCCGCCUCCCAAGGGUGUCCCUUGCCAUCAGGGUCACGUCUGAAGAAGAGCCAGGCGGGCCCCCCCGUCAGGGAAAGGGAGGGGGCGGCUGUGAUGUUCUCGCAAGCCGCUCUCCUCGCCCCUCGCCCAGUCCAGAGUCUCAGGGGGCAAGAGGCGCCUCGUUCUGUCCUCAGGCGACCCCGGGAGAUAACGCCGGACUCUCGAAGGCCAAGCGGGGAGGGGAGGGGGCUCUGCGGCCAAGCCCCGUCCUUGACCCCCGGCAGAGGAGCUCGAAGGCAGGCAGGCAAGGGGGAGGUCCCAGCCUCUGCCUCCAAGCGCCAGAGCGAGCUGCCCCCCCCCCCCGCCUCCCAGUCACUCUGGAGGCUCCAUCGCAAGGUCUGCAGAACAGAGCUAGGGGUCUCCCCGCCCCCCAACUCUGCUUCUUGAAUUUGUAGGGCAGCAGUUACCAUUUGGGGGGGGCGCCCGCUUGGUGCCAUCAACUUACUCCCCGUGCCCCCUACCCUACAAAAAGCAUUAUACUCAGAAUAUUGGCCUGCGCAACCAUCUCAGGAAGAUAAGCAUAGAAUCAGGGAAUGAUAGAGUUGGAAGGGACCCCGACGGUCAUCUAGUCCAACCCCCUGCAAGGCACAACGUAAUAAAAUUCAAACAGGGACAAUUCAUUGCACAUUUACGCAAACUCCGAUAAAAACUGAUUAGUUUAACUAACUCAACAAAAUUGGUGCGCUUCAUUCAGCGACUGCAGCUUUUCCAAGCCCGGUCGUUUGCACCUGCAGCGCCCCCUGCCCCGUAGCGCCCCCGAGGAUUCCCGCUUCCCCCUUGGGGAACCCUUGUUGUGAGAGAGGAACCUUUUCCUCCCUCCUGCUGCUGGAGCUGCCCCCGCCGGCUCUCCUGGCCCGCUGCAAACUGCAUGCCCCUCGGGGCAGAGGAGGAACCCUGGGGCUGGCCCCUUUUGCCGUGCCAGGCGCCCUCCUUGGCCUUAGCGAACCUCCCCUCCCCUGCCGGUUCUCCUGACCCCCGUCCCCCCGGCUCUCCCCCCUGCAGGCCUGGAGAACAGCUUCGAGACGCUGGACGUGGCUCUGGAGAACAUCUCUCUGCCCUGGGAGCCGAGCCAGCCGCUGGUGCAGCCGCGCCUGGAGCCUCAGCCGCGGCUCCGCGAGCGCCAGGCCGCCUUCCCCUUCGGCAAGCCGCUGCCCCGCUACCUGCUCUUCGGCAACCCGGCGAAGCCCAACCGCUGGGGCCACCGGCGCAGCUACCGCCUGCAGCUCAGCUCGCACGCCGACCGCGUCCUGCCCCGCGGCUGGCAGGAGGAGCGCGGCAUCACCUGGAGCAGGUGAGCCCGGCAGGCAGGCAGGUGAGCUGGGACGCCGAGCGGGAGGGCAGCCCCCACCCCACUUCCCAGCCGAAGGGAGCGGCGGUCGCCCACGCCUGGAGAUUCUCCGGAGUGGACGGGGCGGUUUCACUCCCUCGCCGUCGGGGUCUGGCCAGAAAGAAGGCUGGAAACUGGUGGCAGGUGGGAGGCAGGGAUUGCUCGCGAGGAGCCGCUGCUGGACAGCCCCGUGGGGACGGUGCUGCUCUGGCGCUGGGCUCCUGCUUCAUGGAAUCAUGGAACUCUAGCGUUGGAAGGGACCCCGAGGGUCAACUAGUCCAACCCCCAGCAAGGCAGGAAUAGGCAGCUGCCCCACAUCAGGAUGGAACCUGCAACCUUGGAAAUAUCAGCCCCUCUCUCUAACCAAGGGAGCUAUUCAGGAUUGAGCUUCAUUAACCUGUAACCCCAAAAUUUAGGAUCUCCUCCAAACUGGUGCCAAAGGUAUGUAUUCGUUUUGUGCCCAUUUGGACCAGAAAUUCUGCAUUUUGUACUCCCCCCCCCAAACUGAGUAAUUAACAUAGCCAACGGGGGCUUCCAGGUUAACACCCCCCAAAUCCAGCGUGGUCUGAUUCCCCCAAAUCAGGUUACAUUUCCUGAAGUUGCUGCUUGCCUGUGGGUUUAAGAACCUAAGGAGAGCCUGCGGGAUGAGGCCAUGGGGGGCCCAUCCGCUCCAGCCCCCUGUUCUCACUGUCACCGGCCAGAUACCCCAAUGGGGAACCUGCAGAGAGCCUCUCUCCCCUCCUGGCCUUCAGAACCGUCUCUGCCUCUGAGUGUGGAGGGCAGAGGAGCCAGCACUAGAUCUCUCCUCCAUGAGCUCAAGGAUCCCUGAUUAAAUAUCUGCUUCAAAUCCUCCAAGGAAGGAGAGCCCCCCACUUUCGAGGGAGCCUGCCCCCCUGUGGAACAGAUGGGGAGAAGGGAGCCUCCUUGAUCCGGCCCACGGAAGGUCCAGGAAUCAGCGUGUUUUUACAUGAGUAGAAUGUGUCCUUGCAUUUAAAAUGCACCUCUGGGUUAUUUGUGGGGCAUAGGAAUUCCUCCCCCCCCCCAGUAUAGUCCAGCCCCCCACAAGAUCUGAGGAACAGUGGACCGGCCCCCUGCUGGAAAAGUUUGCUGACCCCUGAUCCAGCGGGCAGGAGGUGUUGGGCGCCUGGGUGUGGGUUGGCCUCUCUUUGAUGGGGUGGGCUCAGGGCACCCAUGCCCCGGGACUGAGGGGUCGUAUCCCUCUGGCAGGUACCCCUUAGCAGUGACCCAGCAUCAUGACAACGAGGACACCAGCAGCAGCCUCUACAUCCAGAACGACCCCUGGAGCCCCACGGUCAGCUUUGAGAACUUCCUCAAGAACGACGAGAGCCUGGAGAACCAGGUGAGGGCGGCCUGGGCGUGGGGGGCAGGAAGAGGAGCAGCAGGGCGGCUCACUUGGGGUUUUGGGGGUAGCACACAUGGAGAUCCAGGCCAGGGCAGGCAGAUUCAUGCUCUAAAUGGUCCUAAACGGCCUCGGUCCAGUAUACUUGAACAAGCGUCUCCACCACCCCCGUCCAGCUCUGAGGGUCUUCUGACGGUUCCCUCACUGCGAGAAGCCAAGUUACAGGGAACCAGGCAGAGGGCCUUCUCGGUGGUGGCACCCGCCCUGUGGAACACCCUCCCACCAGAUCUCAAGAAAAACAACUAUCUUUUAGAAGACAUCUGAAGGCAGCCCUGUUUAGGGAAGCUUUUAAUGUUUGAUGCAUUACUGUAUUCUAAUAUUUUGUUGGAAGCCACCCAGAGUGUCUGGGGAAGCCCAGCCAGAUGGGCAGGGUAUAAAUAAUAAAUUAUUACGAUUAUGAUUCUCCCUCCGGCAGGACCUGGUGGCCUGGGUGACGGUGGGCUUCCUCCACAUCCCCCACUCGGAGGACAUCCCCAACACGUCCACACCAGGCAACGUGGUGGGCUUCUACCUGCGACCCUUCAACUUCUUUGACGAAGACCCCUCUGUGGCCUCGCUUCGCACCGUCAUCGUGCGCCCCUCUGAGCCUGGGGGCAGGUCUGGGGUGCAUGUCCAGCGCUGGACCCCGGCCGACCCCAUGCCCUGCGUCUCCCAGGAGCCCUUCAGCUACAAUGGCACCUACUGGCAGGUGUAGCCCAGCCCCAGGCAGGAUUGGCCCCAUCUUCUUCCUCUCCACCCCUCAAACCCCAACCCCAGACGUUGACCUCUCCUCCUUGGCACUCCUGGCUUGCACCAAAGCCCACCUCCCAGAUCCACCCCCCCCCAACUUCAGGCUUCCUGUGCACCUCAGACCCAGGCAGGGGGCACCUGGGUGAAGGAGGGGGGCUGCCCCUCCAACAUGAGGCAACUGAUUUCCUGGGGCACAAAAUCAGUUUCAUAUUAGCAGAUUUUCUGGGGGGUGUGUGUCAUCCUCCCCCACCACACACCUGUUUGAGAGUAAAGACAGCCAGCAGGAGGGACUUCUCCAGAUGAGAAGGAUGCAGGAAGGGCAUGUGCUGGAUCAGGCUCAUCUAGCCAGGCACCUUGUCCUCACAGGCCCUGACCAGAUGCACCCAUGCCAUGGAUUUUGCUGCCACGGGACGUGGUGUAGCAGGAACCUCCCCCCCAAUAAUUCAGUUUGUACAAACUUCACACACACUCACACUCACACACUACACGCGCUACCCUUCUGCUAUAAAUUCAUAGAAAAUCAACCAUACAUCGGAUUUGCACAGUUCCACUUUUAUUUACUCCGUGAAGGAAGGACUACAAAAUCGGGAAGGUUUGAUACAGGGCAGCCAUAAUCCCUUGAGCAUACCAGCACAUACACAGGAGCCCUGCCCAGUUGCUAUGCCAAACCUGAUGGUCCUAGACAGAAGACCAUCAAGAUCACAAAGAACUUGCAUAUGGGAGUGGAUUCAGCACGGACUGGAACAAAGGACAAUAAUCAGAUCUUCCCUCUGGGGGCAGGAAACUGCAAACUCCCCUCUGUCACCUGGAAAGUAUUCAUGGGGAGAGGGAAAGGGGGAACCAGCCAGGUGACAGGACACUCAGGUUACCACCACAACUCCUCCCUCAACCCCUCCUUUCUGUGAUGUAUGCAUGAUGUUUCUGGGGGUGGGUUUGAUCUACAGGAUGGGAAUUUCAAGUGUCUUUAUAAGGUCUUGCACACCAUUUUUCUGUGUCUUUCCUCUCUCCUGCAAGUGAGUGAGCACCCUGUUGCAAGAGUUCAAUAAAGGCCAAGCCUACAGGCUGCUGUUUUGCUCCAAGUAAUCCUGGUUGGUGUCUUUGUUUUUGUCCAAGGGAGCCCUCGGAUUUUCCAUUAACAGUUGGCAAUACCGUGUGUGUCAGUGGCUUGAGCAAACUGCUAGAGAGGAGGAGGGGGGCAGGUGUGCCAGCAGCUGUUACUCACAGGAGCUAAGUAGAACCUCCAUGUGCCAAGAGGGUCUACCACUGAGCACUGUCCUCUGGGGACACAGCAGGGAGGAGGGCCUGAUGCCCACAGGCCCAGCUUGUGGGGCUCCCCAGAGCACUGGGCGCUGGACUCAAGUGAGUUUUCCUGCUCCAAAUGUCCACUUAGUUAUAUGUAAAGGUCAUAAAAUAACUAGUUGACUAAGAGCAUGAGAAGAGCAUCUGCUGGAUGAGGCCCGUGGCCCAUCUGGUCCUGCAUCUUGUUCUCCCAGUGGCCAACCAGGUCAAUAGGAAGCCCACUAGCAGGUUUCGAACUCAAGACCCUCUCCCCUCUUGUGGCUUCCGGUGACUGCUGUUCAGAAGCGUUGCUGCCUCUGAGUGUGCAGGGCAGAGCAGAGCCCUCCAUGAAUUGGUCUGACCCCCUUUUAAAGCCAUCCAGCCCCCACAGUCUCCUGCCGCAGGGAGUCCCACGGUUUAACUUCUUGGAUCCAUCCUGAUAACUAUUUAAUUAAAAGUCUCACGGUGACUCCAGUGGUUUUCUUCACCAGCUUCACACAUCUGGAAGGGGGGAGCGAAAUCCCUUUCCUGUCUCCUCC